GCCGCUCGCAGUUCGCAAGACGAAGCGUCGGUCGCCAGAGAAGUUGUCCUCAGUCUAAGCAGCAGUUGUUUCGCGUCUGUGCGAGUUGUGAGGCGACAUUACGCAAGAAGUCGUGCACAAGCUGAACGCCAGGAAUGUGUGCCGCUGUCGAGACCGAACUUAUUUCCGGGAAUUCAAGCGUAGCCAUCGCGGCGGGUCCCUGGUCGGCAUCGGGUGCGCCGGCCAUGUCCGGGCAGCUGGUCAACUGGAUGCACCGCAUGCUGCCCUUCAGCAAGAACACUCGCAGCCCCCAGCACUGCAACGCCUACGACCACGCUUCCUCCAACGCCUCGCCCUUGCACUGCGCCUCCUCGCCGGCGCGCAGCCGAGCAACUGCGGAGGCUGCCGAGAGUGCCAACCCGGAGCACCCGGUGCCUCGGCAUGAGGUCAAGGAGUCGCUCGAAGCCGGGCGAGCAGAGCACGACUUGGGCGGCGGGUACGUGCCGCUGGUGGCGCAGAUGCAGGACGACGAGAUCCCGCCGCGUCCUCCGUCUUCCGGCGAGCAGCGGCGACACGGGCCCUCGUCUCGCGGCAUGGAUUCGGUCGAGUUCAGGCAGCGCGGCCGCGAGAUGGUCGAGUACAUCGCUCGCUACAUGGAAACCAUCGCCGACCGGCGCGUGACCCCGCAGUGCGAACCGGGCUACCUCAAGGAGCUGCUGCCGGAGAGGGCGCCCGAACAGCCAGAGGACUGGGACAACAUCAUGGCCGACGUGGAACGCUUCAUCAUGCCCGGAGUGACCCACUGGCAGCACCCCCAUUUCCAUGCCUACUUCCCCGCUGGGAAUUCCUACCCUUCUAUCCUGGCGGACAUGCUCUCUGAUGGCAUCGGCUGCGUCGGGUUCUCCUGGGCAGCCAGCCCGGCUUGCACAGAACUGGAGGUGAUCAUGCUGGACUGGGUCGGGAAGAUGAUAAACCUUCCCGAGCAAUUCCUCUGCCUUUCGGGAAACAGCAGUGGAGGAGGUGUAAUUCAGUCAAGCGCGAGCGAGUGCAUUCUGAACACUUUGCUGGCGGCGAGGUACGCGGCCAUCAAGAAACUCAAGGAAGAACAGCCUUUCGUCGAUGAAGGAGUUCUCCUCUCCAAGCUCAUGGCAUAUUGCUCAAAGGAGGCCCACUCAUCGGUAGAGAAAGCAGCCAUGAUUGGAUUUGUGAAACUUCGUAUUCUUGACACGGACGACAACUUCAGCAUGCGGGGCUCAACGCUUGCCGCCGCCAUGGAGGAGGACCGCAAGGCCGGAUUCGUCCCAUUUUUCGUGAGCGCAACUCUGGGGACGACCUCUUGCUGCUCCUUCGACGCUGUGGCAGAGAUCGGUCCAUUGUGCCAGAAGGAAGGCAUCUGGCUUCACGUGGACGCAGCCUAUGCAGGGAGCGCAUUCAUCUGUCCGGAGUUUCAGUAUCUGCACAAAGGACUCGAGUACGCGAUGUCUUUCAACAUAAAUCCCAACAAAUGGAUGCUUGUAAACUUCGACUGCUCCCUCAUGUGGGUGAAAGACAGGUUCAAGUUGACGCAAGCUUUGGUUGUUGACCCACUGUACCUACAGCAUAGCUAUUCAGAUCAGGCAAUUGAUUACAGGCACUGGGGCAUACCCCUCAGUCGGAGGUUCCGGUCACUCAAGCUAUGGUUCGUAGUGAGGAGGUAUGGCAUCGCCGGACUGCAGCACUACAUCCGAGAGCACGUCAGACUCGCAAAGAAGUUUGAGCAGCUGGUGAGGAGUGACUCCCGCUUUGAAGUGGUAAAUCAAGUGAUCUUCGGUCUCGUCUGUUUCCGGCUGAAGGGCUCCAACCAACUGAACGAGAAACUGCUGUCGAGCAUCAACGCGUCCGGCAAGCUGCACAUGGUGCCGGCCUCCCUGAACGACCGCUACGUGAUCCGCUUCUGCGUGUGCGCCCCCAACGCAUGCGACGCGGACAUCGUGUACGCCUGGCACAUUGUGAGCCAGUUCACCACCGAGCUGCUCCAGCUGCUCGGCCACGAAGUCGACAAGAAGGAAGAGGAGAAGGCGGAGCACCACACUAUACUGGACACCACGUACGACAGCUACAUCAGUUGCUCGGACAGGAUGACGCAUGGAUGAAGCAGUUGGGCCUGCAUGCCUGACCACAACCACUUCCCCGCAACAGAGUGCUGCUCCUCGCGAAUGUGCACGUGACUUUGGAUUACCCGCUUCUCCUGCAUGCUGGGGCUCAUUUGCGCCAUCCUGCCCGUAAUGCAUGGAAUCGCCGGGAGACGCCAUUCCCGACAAGUCUGCACCGACGACACUCUGACCGAUGUGUAUGCCUGACGCUUGCGUGAACAGUUGGGACUUUGUUCUAAACGUAAUCCUGUCAUUGCAUGUCCAGCUUUAUUAGGGGUGGCGCUUUUUAAUGGAAGGCACUAGGGCUGACUAAUGUCGCAUGAUAUGUUAUCCCCGCAUCUCUAAACGGACGUCGGUACUAGACAAUUGUAGUACGUAGAUUUGUCGCAGCACGGCAUCUGCACGAUGUGCCGAUGUGUGGGGCUGCCUUGUCGCAUACUCCGGCAAACAAUGUCAUCCCCGCAUUGAUUUUAAAUAGUUCACUAACGUGUUUAUAACUAGUUCGUGUCUCCGAGCAGAAUGUUACGAAGUAAAAUAAGCAAAAUCCUAUACAAACGCAUCUGUACAGAAUUUUUAUCAAACUCGUGCUUCGGAAAAAUGAUUUUAACUACGCCUGUUUUACGCUGCAAGCAUGCCCUGGUGUCUUCUCGUGGAGGUGCUGUCACAACGCUACAAGAAAGCGUAAAGCCAAUACGUAAUAUAACUUCACAAUGUGAAUACUCUUAUCCACUGCUGCUCCACCACGAGGCGUCAAGCUCCAGUGGAUACCCUUACUCUCUCAACAGUGCAUGCGUAAAACAUGUAACGCGUAGCCUUGGUGCUAUCGCACAGCGCAUGGUUUCCGCUCUACACUAGCCUAACAUCUCGUGAGAGAUAAAAAGCACGUGAUUGUAUCUGGAUAUCUGCAUGAAGAGUGUUUUUACGGGCGUGCGAACGCAAUGCAAAAAAUAUCGGUUAUACUUUGCCUGAGCAAUGAGCAUGAUUUCGACCCCCGAAGCUGUCAGCUUGAGUGUCAU